AUGGAAGAUUGGGAAGAGGAACGUGAAACUGUAAAGGCCGAUAUUAGUCAGCUAAAGGAUCAAGUCGGUCAAAUUUUAGAAGCUUUGAAAACCAUGAAGGGUGCAGGAGAGAUUUCGUCUGUAAAGGCCGAGGAUAAUGCUCACCCUCCAAUACAUAACGCUGUAGGAACACAAUUCACAUUUCCAAUGUAUGGUUUGCCACCAGGUUACACACCACCCAUUGGAGAUCAUUCAGAGGCAGAGCACACUUCUUUGGCACUUCCCAUAACAAAUGGUUUACUUCCUAUUAGUACUAAAGGGCCUAUCCUCAUGACAGAGACGAAGGUGAAUGAAACGUCCAUGUCUCCCCACACAAUUGUCGCACAAGAUGUUGCUUUGCAGGCGAACGUAGAAGGAGCGAAGGAUAAACUCGAAGUUCUAGAAGGUAGACUGAGAGCCAUAGAAAGGUUUGAAAGUUAUGGGUUUGGUGACGUGGCAAGGUUGAGUUUAGCUCCAGGAGUGACCAUUCCACACAGGUUUAAGGUGCCAGAAUUUGAGAAAUACAAGGGAAACACAUGCCCUAAGAAUAAUUUGACUAUGUAUUGUCGAAAAAUGGCUGCUUACGCUCAUGACGACAAAUUACUUAUCCAUCUCUUUCAAGAUAGUUUGGCUGAAGCGACAUUGAGUUGGUAUACACAUUUGAAUUCCUCGCAUAUUCAUUCUUUGGCAGAUUUGGCAGAUGCCUUUGUAAGGCAGUACAAAUACAACGUGCAUGUUGCACCAAACAGGUUACAAUUGCACCACAUGGCGAAGAAAGAGGAAGAGUCUUUUAAGGAAUAUGCGCAACGAUGGAGAGAGUUGGCAGCACAGGUUGAGCCACCUCUAUAUGAUAAGGAAAUGGUUGCAAUGUUUGUGAGCAUACUACAACCACCUUUUUACGAGCAUAUGAUUGGUAAUGUGUCUUCCAAUUUCGCCGAUAUCAUCAUCAUAGGUGAAAGGAUAGAAAUUGGACUGAAGAAUGGGAAAAUUUCAUCUCAAGCCACCACUUCGAAGAAAUCUGUUUUUAAUCCGGAAAAAAAGAAGGAAGGAGGGGUGCAUGCGACAUCAUCAGUGCCUAUGUGGGGAGGUCAUACCCCCACUCGUAGCUAUCCACCAAGCCCAAGCUACCCUCCCUAUGUGAACAACACAACGCCUGCUCCCCAAAUUAAAUCUCAACCGCCAGGAUAUUAUCCACCACCACAGGCUUCAAAUAAUGCUUGGAGAGUAGGAGUUGGCAUGGGUCCUGAUUGGAAUGUUGGUCAGAACACUCAUCCUAGGAGAGAACCAGAGAAGAAUUUCACUCUCAUUCCUAUGACAUACACAGAAUUGUUACCUCAUCUCUUAAAGAAAGGCAUGGCCA